AUGAAAGGAGCAUCAAGUGAAGGAGGACUGAGCCUCGAAGAGCUCAAGGAAAAAAUGGCAUUUUUUGCAAAGGAAAGAGACUGGGAUCAGUUCCAUAGUCCUAGAAAUCUGCUUCUGGCUCUGGUGGGCGAAGUGGGAGAAUUGUCUGAGAUAUUUCAGUGGAAAGGCGAGGUCCCAAGAGGCCUACCUGAUUGGGAAGAACAAGAGAAGUUGCAUUUAGGUGAAGAAUUAUCAGAUGUUCUUCUUUACCUUGUUAGGUUAUCAGACAUUUGUGGCAUUGAUCUUGGUAAAGCUGCCCUUAGAAAGAUUGAACUCAAUGCAAUAAAAUACCCCAUUAGCCUUUGCAAAGGCUCUUCUCAGAAGCAUAACCAAAUCAAGACUAGUCCCGGAACCGUCCCCGACGAUGCUGCCACCACCAGUAGUGAAAAUGGUGGUGUAUGA